AUGUUGAAAAACACUUCUCUUUCUGGAAUUGCAUGCUGGCCAACAUCUCUUGAACAUCUCGAAGCGCAGAUAGUUGGAAGAAUUGGGUCUCCUUAUGAAGGUGGAGUCUUCAAAUUGAAAAUUGAUGUCCCUGAGAGGUAUCCAUUUGAACCACCUCAAGUCACUUUUGUUACCCCUAUUUAUCAUCCUAACAUUGAUUCUGCUGGAAGAAUAUGUCUCAAUAUUUUGAAACUUCCUCCCAGUGGUGGUUGGAAGCCAUGUUUAAAUAUUAGCACUAUUCUUACAUCCAUCCAAGUCCUCAUGGCUGAACCAAAUCCAGAUGACCCCUUAAUGGCUGACAUUAUUGAAUCAACAGUAUUGUCUGAUUUCUUUCUCUCUUUCUCUCUCUCUCUUUUUCUCUCUUUCUCUCUCUCUCUCUUUUUCUCUCUUUCUCUCUUUCUCUCUUUCUUUUCUCUCUCUUUCUCUCUCUCUUUUUCUCUCUCUUCUCUCUCUUUCUCUCUUUCUCUCUCUCUCUCUUUCUCUCUCUCUCUCUCUCUUUUCUCUCUCUUUCUCUCUCUCUCUCUUUUCUCUCUCUUUUCUCUCUCUCUCUUUUUUCUUUUUCUCUCUCUCUCUUUUUCUCUUUCUCUCUCUUUUCUCUUUUCUCUCUUUUCUUCUCUCUUUUUUUUCUCUUUCUCUCUCUCUCUUUUUUCUCUUUUUCUUCUCUCUCUCUUUUUCUCUCUCUCUCUCUUUCUCUCUCUCUCUCUCUGCUACUAG